UUCUUCUUCUUCUUCCCCUUUGCUCGUUCUUUGAUUCGAUGCACUCUUUUUUGAAUUAUUGUUCUCCUUCUAGGUGGUACUAUUCUUGGCAAAUUUUGUUAAAGACGGCGGUGGUUCACCGCAUUGUCGUUUUUUACUACUGUUUCUUUGAACUGUGAAGAACUCUUUCUUUCAAGUGUGAAACAGCCUUUCUAAGAUAACUCUUUUGAGGAAGCAUGCCUUCAUAGUAAGAUUGUAGUUGUUAAAGGUUUAACGAUGCGCUUGAUAUCGGAUGUCUCCUUGGGAGUUUUAAUGUCAAAUUAAGCUUCUUGCGAAGCUGGAUAUAAUUGGGAUACCUAACUUUCUUCUAGAAUUAUGUGAUGUAGAAACUUCAGUAAUAUCUAUUACUAAGAACGGAUCAUACAAACUUUGAACUAGGAACAAAAAUUGCAUGACCGCAGGUUGUGGAGCUAGUAGGUCGCAAGAAGUCAUUAGCAUCGACGUUGCAUCAUUUCGCGGGAUUCUGUUAUAAAGGUGGAUCUUUGCUCGUUAGCAGGUUGUUUGCAAGAGAAUUAGGAAACUGCGAUUGUCGCUUAACGAGCUGCUUACCUACCAUUGUUCUAACAUGGCCGACGUUGCCGAAAACGCAGCCUUCACUGACCCAGCGACCGCGAUCUCCCAUGGCAAACGGCAUCUCUUAGUCCGGGACUACACCAUGGCUGUAACCGCAUUGGCACAAGCAUGUCAACUGCUCGUCGAAAAACACGGAGACACCGCGGACGAACUUGGCGAGCCUUAUUUGCUUUACGGUCGGGCUCUUCUUGGUUUAGCGAGAGAGGAAGCUGGAGUGUUGGGUGGCGGAGUGCCGGGCACAGAAGAAACUGAAGAAGACGAUGAAGAGGACGAGGAAGAGGCUGAAGACGAGAAAUUGAGCAACGUUGACGAGAAGGAAGAAGAGGAGACUGAAGAACACACAGACAAUGGAGCAGUUAACGAGGCAAAAGAGAAAACCGCCACCGAAAACAAAACUGAAGAGUCGGAAGCUGAGCAGGAACUCAAGAAACCGGAAGUUGAGAAAAAAGAAGAGAAGGUAGAAACGAGCAGUGAAAAGAACGAAACAGAAAAAUCGGACUCUGAUAGGACUGAAGAUAGUAAAACGGCGAAACAAACGGUCGAAAAGCCAAAAGAAGAUGAGAAAUCUGCGGCUGACUCCAGUAAAGAUACAAGUAACGCUAAUGGACCUUCUUGUUCAACUGAACAAAAUGGGGUUGCCAAGGAAAAUGGAGAAAAUGAUGGUGAGGACAUAGAAAAGGAAGACGAAGAGGAUGAAGUUAACAAUCUACAGGUUGCCUGGGAAGUGUUAGAACUAGCGAAACUGGUGCUAUUAAAGCGUGGUCAAUCCGGUUGGAAGUUACUGGCCGAUGCUUAUCGACUCUUAGGAGAAGUGGCCAUGGAAGGAGGGAACUUUCAGGGUGCUUUGAACGAUCUACAUCGAUGUCUGGAACUUCUGCAACAGAUUGAGCCGCGAGAGCCAAGGGCGAUAGCCGAAAUCCAUUAUCAGCUUGCAUUAGCUCACUCCUUGGGCAACGAAUUUGACGCCAGUAUUGAAGAAUUUAACAAAGCUACGGAAUUGCUGGAUUCGCGUAUCAAAGAUUUGGAAGAAAUGAAAGAACCUCCCAAAACGGACGAUUCCUUCUAUACGGUAGAAGGGGAGAUUCAAGAACUGAAAGAGUUGCUCCCAGAAAUCCAAGAGAAAAUCUCAGAUAUGAAAGACUUUAAGCAGGAAGCUUGCAAACUCGUCAUAGAAGGUAUCAAAAACAAAGUAGCUGGUGGCUGUUCAAAUGGUGCUGGACCAAGUGGUAGCAACGACUCUGCACCUAAAGUUCAAAAACCUGCUAGUGAUAUAUCUCAUUUGGUGCGUAAGAAACGGAAAGCCGAAGAGUCAGAGACAGAGAUUACAUCGCCAUACAAAAAGCCGACGCCGGAAAAAACUGUUUGAAUGAGUUUGGUGCAUCUGAAAUGUUCUUGGUACCUUGUUACUUCGUUUAGCGGGGUGAAAAUUUGAGGGAAAAAUUUUUAUUGAAAAUGGAAUUUUUAGCGCUGGACCAAAAUAAGAUAAAAAUUGGCCAUCCCACUGGAAAGACUUUGUAUACCAGAAAAGAUGUUUUAAUAGGAAUGGAUAGAAUAUACUAAUUUGAUUCUAUCUCUUUUGUUCGAUGAUUACAGUUCAUAUAUUGUUUGAAAAUUUAUGUAUCUUAUUUCUUUCUUUUUCUCGCUAUUUCUGUAACUCGUGUAUUUAUUCUAUACCUAAUCAGGAAUUUGCAUCAAAUAAGUUGAUUAUUACAUCCAAAUUAUAAUAAUUUUUACCUCUUAUUUUCUAGGACAUAUUAAAACAUUAAAACAUAAGGCUGUUUAUGUAUAAGUCAAACUAAUAAACGUUAAAUGCUGAUUUUUCUAAA